CCGUAAACGAAAUCCAUCUUCAUAAUAGAACCACCAUAAUUUGAACCUCACCAUGCCGCCUCCCAAGCCCUCAACAUCAACAUCCACCGAAAACCUCCUCCUCAAAUGCCAAAAAGAAACUCGCAAGAAAUGCCUCCCCCCAGAAUGGUCCAUCUACCCCCCCAACCAACCCACCAGCCCCCCCUUCGACACCCUCGCCCUCGCCAUCCAAAUCGACGCAUCCUCCCCCAGCUCAGUAACCUUCUACGAAUCCGCGACCGACCGCCUCGUCGGCUCCAUCGGCCCCGAAUACCGCGGCUCCAUCGUCAUCGUGCCCUGGCGACCAGGCCUCAAAUUCGUUUGCCAGUCGACUUGUCGUCGCAGAACUGGGUGUCGCGUGGGUGUAGUUCGUGAGGCCAAGGCGAGAGGCGUGCCGAGAUUGAGGAGUGUCGGUGGUGGUAAUAUCGCCAUCGCCAAGAGUAGAAAUACGUUUGCGCAGAAUAAAAAUACUUCGGCGGAGAAGAAAAACACCGUUAUGGAGAGUAGAAUUCCUUCCUUGGGGAAUAAAAGGAGCGAUGCUGCUGGUGCUGAAAAUGCACCUCCAGCUUUUCCUCCAAAGGCUGCUUCUCCUACAGCUUCUCUUACAGCUUCUCCUACGAGCAAAAGCAAAAGCGGUUAUAUCAGCCGCAUACCUAGGCGAGUGUCGGUCGAUAAAACUCAAGCAAGUACCAAGCAUGUGAGCUUUGACGAAAAGAGCAUCAGCGGAAAGAGUUCCAUCGCGACAGAUGGUGGCGGAUCGCCUAAGCUGAGAGCCAAGAUCGAUUUACAGCCAAGACAGCGAUGCUAAUUCCGGUAUACACAUUUUUUAAAAUCUAUUUAUUUCCUAUGUAUGGGUUAGUUAAAGGGACGACAGGAAGUGUCAACUGUCAUGGAUGGCCUCAUAAACUUGUCACAGCAUAAUGCUUGCGUUCAGAUCAAGAUAUCAUCAAAUAUUAUAUUCGCUG